UACUUGUCUUUCUUAGAUCUGUGUCUCUUUUGUAAGAAUGUCCUGUGAUGUCCUUGAACAGCCUAACCACUGAAAAUAGAUGCUGCAGGCAGGCUGAAUCUGACUCUGCUGUGUGUUUUCCAGAACAACAGGACAGUAUGGCCACCACUGUUGCUGUCAGUCCCAGUGAAUACCUUCAGCCUUCCACCGCUUCCACACAAGACACCCAGCCCUCUCCUCUGGCCCUCUUGGCUGCCACCUGUAGUAAAAUUGGCCCUCCUGCUGCUCAGGCUCCUGUCACCUCUCCUCCAGCACAGCCUCAGCCUCGCAGGCUCCUCCCCAUAAAGCCGGCUCCAAUUGCCCCCGCUCCACCCAAAAACCUGGGUUUCCUGUCAGCCAAGGGCAAUGUGAUUCAGCUCCCUCCUGGCCUGGGCUCCACGACCCCUGGCAGUCCCAUUGUUCUCACUAUCCAGCAGAGCCCAGCCCGCACCAACACCUCGGCCCCUGCCAACAUCCAGUACCAGAUGGUGCCACAGAUCCAGGGUGCCCAAACUAUCCAGGUGAUGCCUCAGGGAGGCCAGAUCCAGCUUAUACCAGGCACCAACCAGGCAAUCAUUACCACUCCCAUGACUGUACCGGCCCCCGUGGCCGCCACCACUCCGGUCACUCCGCAGAAGACUGUAGCCAUCAAGCCCUCCCCCAAGUUGCGCAAGCUAAAUAACUCUGCUGCAAACAUGGUGCAGCUGCCCAGCGGACUCACGCUGCCACUUAAUGUGGCGACCGGAGAGGUCGGCGGGACUCAAAUCAUCACAGAGACGGCAGCUGCCCCUCUCACUUCAGGAAAAGGUCGACGAGGGAGGAAGAAGAAAGCGGUUCUGGCUGCUCAGCCUCCGCCUCUUCCUCCUGCUCCUCCACAGGCUGCGUCCCCACCCCCAGAGCAGAUGGAGACCAUCCUGAUAGAAGCUGGCGACAACAUCAUUCAGGCAGGUAACAACCUACUGAUUGUACAGAGCCCAGGGCAGCCAGCUGUGGUGCAGCAGGUCCAGCUGGUCCAGUCCAAACCAGAGUCUCAGAUGGUUCAGAUCCCACAGCAGGCCUUGAAGGUGGUGCAAGCCGCCUCUGCCACGCUACCACCCGUGCCACAGAGACAGUCAGUCCCCUCAAGCCUGCAAGUCACUCAAACAGACCCAACACCAACACAGAUCCUCUUCAAAACAGCUUCGGGUGACUGGCAGUCUAUUCAGCUCCAAGACACGGUCUCCACGGCAACAAGUCCCACCACUUCGGUCGCCACCACCACCACCUCCCCACCGGCUGGCACCAAGAGGACGCUGGCGGGGGGACGGAAGGAACGGACUCUGGCAAAAAUUGCUCCAGCAGGGGGAAUGAUAGCGUUGAAUACGUCGCAGCUCUCCUCAGCACCUCAGGCAGUGCAGACGAUCAGCAUCAACGGGGUCCAAGUUCAGGGCGUUCCUGUCACCAUCACCAACGCAGGGGGCCAACAGCACCUCACGGUCCAGACGAUGCAGGGCGGAGGGCUCCAGCUGGCAGCAACACCGGGCCAGCCGACCAUCCAGGUAGACCAGACCCUCACCCUGGAGCUGCCCGGCCAGCCAGGAGAAAAGAAGCGGCGUAUGGCCUGCACCUGCCCCAACUGUAAAGACGCAGACAAGAGGCCUGGGGAGGUAGGGAAGAGGAAGCACAUCUGCCAUGUCCCCGGCUGCGAGAAGACGUUCAGGAAAACGUCGCUGCUCAGAGCUCACGUUCGGCUUCACACUGGCGAAAGGCCCUUCGUCUGCAACUGGGUUUUCUGUGGGAAACGUUUCACACGCAGCGACGAGUUGCAGCGACACGCCAGGACGCACACAGGAGACAAACGCUUUGAGUGCAGCCAAUGUCAGAAACGCUUCAUGAGGAGUGACCACCUGACGAAGCAUUUCAAGACUCACAUAAACGCCAAGAACCUGUGAGCUGCCCGUAUACUGAGUGUAUACGCAGACAAACUCUCUUAAGCUGAUGACUGUAAUAGAGGAAGGAGGGGCAGAGGAGACGAUACCAAGGAGUGUCUGUGACAGUUCCCGGUAUGGGAAAUACUCCAAAAAUGUCCCUGUAUCCCCUCUCACUCCUCUAGGACACUGUAGCGUGGUGUACAAAGAAAUCCUUCCUGGUGGACCUCAGACUGAUCCAGCAAGUUUAUUAAUGAUAGCUUAUCUCUGUUGUUUUCCUUUGGUCUGAGCAGAGGCCAGAACCAGCUCCGACUGAACGUUUCCUGAAGUUAAGAUGACGAGAUGGCGAGGCUUCGGAUGCAGAUACUUAACUCUGCUUCUUUAUUUAUGAACUGCUCUCGGGGAGGAACGUACACAGAGUUAUUCAGAUGCCAUCACCAAGACCACAGUACCCCAGUCCCUCUCUUUUGUUUCAUUUUUCUUUCCCCAAAUCCUGCUUGUUUCUUUUUUUGUUUGUUUGUGGUGGCACAUUGGGAGCUCCCACAGAUUGGCAGGAAGAGGUUCACAAUUAACAGAAAUUUGUUUUACCUAAGUGGAAUGGUAAUUUAGUUUUGAGAUGUUUAUGUGUCAGCAGGAGUCUCUGCUGACUUAAAUCCAAAAAAGCUGAAAAGUCCCCUUACUCACUGAAGACUUUUGAAAACCUUUAGAUGUUUACAUUGGCUAUUUUUAAAGUGUGUAUAUGAAUACUAUUAUACAUAAUAUUAAUGAUAAUAAACUAUUUAUAACAUUUUCCAUACAAUUGUUACAAAUUGAUUUACAGUAGGUAUGAAGAAAAAAAGGAAACAGACAUGAAUGGGACUCAAAGUUAAAAACAAGAGGCCUCAAAUUUUACACCAGAAACAAAUGGGAUGUACAGUAAAAAGAACAUUUCAUCACGUGCACAAGUUUGCUUUGAGGGUGCUGAUCAGGCUGGUCUGAGCUCUUUCAGCAGAGCGAUCCCAGACCUGGCAUCUGUGAUGGUAAAGAUUUAGAUCCAGUUUCUUGGCUGCCAAGACCUCACAACCAAACAGCAGCACUAAGCUCAGGCCUGGAUGAAGUUUAGUGUGCUGUUCAGGGCCAGAAGUCACUGUGCCUUAAAAGUUGUCUUUAAAAUUUUAAAAUCAAUUUCCAAACAAAUGGUCCAAAAGUAAGAGCUGAUGAGGUCUGUAUGGCUGUACCGAAGAAUUCAAAGCUUCAAUAAUAAUGUUGAAAUCUGAACUCUAGGUCAACUUUUUUUAAAAAAUGUCUAUUCAUUCUGUUAAAACCUGGUGUUUCUGCACAGCUGAGAAAAAUUAGCCUACAAUAAUAUUACUAAUAUUAUACUAUUUGUACCAUUAGAUUGCUGUGGUGGCUGUGUAGGAUUGUAUCCGACUCGUCUGAUCCAAUUUCCAAUAACUCCAGAGACUUGUAAAGUCCAUAAGUAAAAAUGUAUUGAGUGCCUACAUGUAUUCAUGUUUGCAAACUGAUGAGUCAUAUUUUUAGCACCCUACCGCUCUACAAUAUGUCAAAGAUGCUAGAGGCUACCUGAAUUGAGUGAACUGAUAGUACUCCAUUUAUACCUAUAUUAUUCCUAUUAACUGGACCCAGACAACUAGAUAAGGGCAAAAAAAAUGUAUUUACUGAAAGUUUUUGCAAUACAAAUAUUUGCCCUUUUAACUUCAACUUGAACACCAGGAAAUACAGUUCCCCAAAUAACACAAAUAAGAGCCCCUUUAAAAUAAAUAAACAACUGCCUAAAUAAACGUUAGUCCCUUGAUUAAACCAAAAUUAUAUAUGUAUAUUAAUAAAAUUCAAAUAUACCCAGUUAAAUCGGCAAAUCAAAAAUAUAUAUAACAAAAUACUAUAAAUUACUCUGAAAUGUUUUUAGCAAACUUCAUAUUACACUGAAUGCUCAUUACCUACAGUCAAACUAUAAUCAACUCGUGGGCCCACACACACACACUCACUCACACACACACACAAUGUGGGAAAAAAAUGUUGCAGGCCCGUGUGAUGCUCAGGUGCGGCACGGCCAAUAGAAAUCCUCCUCUCAUAAAGAAAAGGUAACGUAGAUGAGAGUCACAGAUCAGCGAGAAAAACUCCUUCCCUUGAUUCACCAGAAGUUCAGUCAGUCCGACUCACAGUUCAGCUGAAGAAUUCCUCUGCGGACGCCCAUGAAGGAAACCAGGCCACAGCAGCAGUGAAGCUCUCAAUCAGCAAGUGCACUCAGUCCUCCUCUGUCAGGCCUAUUGUACUCGGACUUGCAGUUCACGUUUGCUCGCAGUUACCCAAAACACUCACACGUACACGCGCCCCAAUAAACUGUGAAGAGGAAACGUGCUGUCUAGUUUUAAGAACAGUUUCUUCUGGUUACUUCUGGUCUGACCCAAUCGAACAACAGAACAAAAAUACGGGAAUACAGUGUAUGAUCUCCGCUACACUUCACUUCUUGCUCCAAAUUUUAGCCUCAACACUAUACACAACAAACAAAACUUAAAAUGACUUUACUGUCAAUUUCAUUUCUUAGGUGUUCAUGUUGUUUCCUAUCUUCAAUAAAAGUAACUGUACUUUAAUCCUAUUAUUUUGUCACAGGGGCAACAUAUUCAUUAAAGGAAGUUGGAAAAAAAGACAAACUCAUUUAAUUCGACCAAUCACACACAAUCGACCAAAUCAAGGAUUUUGUUUUUAUUUUAAUUGUCUUUUGGGGUGAUGAUGUCAUAGACAGACAUUUGAAGUUUAAUUUGAAAACCUCAAUAGAAGCUUCCAAUAUAAAAAAAGACAUCCGGUAAAGUCCCAGAAUUUUGAGAAGUGUAGUGAUAUUUUGAUGAAGAUUCUCACUCCUGUUGGAAAAUAUACAAACAUUCGUCUAAAUGCGAAGAGAUAAAAAAAACAAAAAUUAUCAACAGAAUAUGAAGAAAUUACAGUUCUGACGUUAUAUCAAAGUUGUCCAUGUAUCUGUAACUACUGAAGUUAACAUGCCAACCAUCUGGCCCAUGGCCUGUCCUGUCUUUUAAUGCCAUGUAGUACCUCAAGAGGCAAUAACCUGAUUGUAUAGCUCAGGCCUCUGGAGGUGGGCACUGACAAUGCUGAGCUGAUGAUGCCCUCCCUCCCUCUCAAGCCUCUCGUGAACCCACCGUGUCUUCAUUAUACUUGGAAUCAGAGUUCUGGUCGGAGACACUGUAAAUCACCUCCGUAUUGUUUUCCCUGUUGUCAGACUGACCCCGAAGGUCUCAGAGGCUGUUACUGGCCCAGCGAUGUUUAGUGGGUUGCAGAGCCCAGUUGCCUGCUCGCCUGGCUCCAGUUGUGGUGCCCAUUCUGGUGCCGUUCCCUCCAGCAUUCCCCACUGGGUACCUGCCACCCCGGACCUGAAAACCUACUCUUGGCAGUCCAAAGCUCCUUGCUAGCAGUAUAAACACCAACACUCUCCUGGUACUCCAAGCUCUCACUCUGGGCAGUCGGCCAAGAACCACUAGAUGUAAGGACAACUGAGCUAACACAGCUACAGUUAGCAGCAGUUACCGGUUACGCUCGUGACAAGCUCCCCGUAAUUGUUUGGAAUAUGAAUUUGACACGUGGCCAAGUCUUACAUAUUCCACCUUUAAACGGAGAGAAGCAAAACUGAACAUCCUUGAUGAAAGGAAUUCAAUGUCAGAGUCAGACUCAGUAAGGCUUAGUAAGGCUUCAAAUAUAGUGUCUGGUUGAUGGAGUUUUGUGGGCAGGGACAACAUUAUUGAGAAGGUUGUAAUUAGUCUUAAGGAAAUUCAGCCACUCUGAAAGGCCAUCCAUUAGGCUUUCUAAAGUCUUCCAUCUUUUAGGGGUACAUCGAAAGCUCAUACUUACUGUCAAAAUAUCCGAUUAGGCAUCAUGUCACAAAGUGCAAACCAUUAUUGGAGAAUGAUGGAGGACCUAGGAUUGUUCCUUGUGGAACACCAGAUGUGAGAGCAUUUCAAUUUGACCUGCCCUACCAAAGUGAUCAAGCAGUUUGUUGUGAGACUGCAUAAAUAAAUUUCACAUAUACUAUAUCUGUGUGUACUCCCUAAAAUUCUCUACCUUUAGAGAAGCACUGCAAAAACUUUCAGCUUUCUGGAGACCUUCAUUUCUUGUGUGGUCAAGGGCAACUGUCAGGUCAAAAAGGGUCUUUUGAGUCUUGGUGUUUGGGUGCUAAGGAUUUAAUUCAGUGAAAUAUUAAUGAUAAAGGAGUUGAUCACUGUGGAGAUAAACCCACUUACACCUCUCUUAUCCCUUUGAGAACCAAACCAGGUUGCUGCAUAGUUGGUUAUUCCUCUUGGAUAACAUGACAGGUACGCCUACAUGGGGCUGGGUAUCGACCUUCAAUACUUUUUUGGUCCUGACUGGUACUGAAAUGUGUCCUUAGCGCUGAGGAUUGGAACUGUCAAGUACUGCGAGUGGACAUCGAAUGUUUAGCCAGAUUCAUACUCUUAAUUUGUUCUUUUAUCAGAUAGUGUAAAACUCUAGUUUUAGAUGUUUUUCUGUUAAAGCUCUUGAAUGGCUGUGUGUUUUUAGACAACGGUUAAAUUUACACCCCCUUUCUUUUUUUUUUUUUUUCUUGUGAGAGAGGUUUGAGUUUUCAUUACGGCGUACAUUUUGAAAAGCAUGUUUAUACUUUUCAAACUAAGGUAUCAAACAAAGUACAAAUUUGGUACCUGUACCAAACGAUACCCAGCCCUACUUAAACUUUGUGUACUAAUAAAUGAUAACUAAGUUCCAGGGUAACUCUGCUGUUCUGCUUUGCUUACAGUAUAUUUUUGAUUUGAUGAUUUGUAGCCUAUGCAUUGCUGUAUAUAUGAUCAGAUUUCCAAUUAUUUGGCCUGACUUGACAAUCACGUCUUGAGAUAAAAAAAAAAAGAACCCUUCUCAGGCCUUGUUCAGUUUCUUUGUACAUGAUUUUUCCCAGCUAUGUGAUAGCUUUAAUUCUGAAUUAACACUUGACGACAGAUGACCAGCAUUAGGCCUACUGUACAGUAUUCACACAAGUUACUUUAUUAUCUUUUGCUUUACAGGAAACAUACUGUUGCUCAUAUCGUUUUUCAUAUAAUGAAUAUGUACUGACCUUUCACUAACAGGUCAUCAGUUUGAAGUCUGACUUUGUAUGGGAGUUCCUUUCAUUUAAAGAAAUACAUCGACUUAUUGUCAAAAAUGCGUUUCGGUCAAAUUAGCGUGUUGCCAUCAGACAGCAGGUAGCGGCUUCACCUUUGUGUAGCGUUUUCACUGUGGUGUGUUUUAAUACUGUGACAUACAUGUUUGAUGGAUGGUGCUGCCUUGCUAAAAAUGACCUAAAAUAGAAAUUUGUCCAAAAAGCUAAAGUCAGAUUUAUUUUAAAUCACUUUGAGCUAGUUUUCCUCAAAGUGCUUCACAGGGGCAACAGAUAAUGUAAAGCUUAGGUGGCCAAUAUUUGGUGUAUUUUUUCAAGAAUGUGUUUGAAGACAUGCAAUGCCAUUGGGGUGGAUAGAAAGAGUCUGCUCAUAUUUAUGUUUGUAUUUCAUGUCUGAAUAUGUAAAUACAGUGUGUGUCUGGUAGACACAGUAAAUGUAGGAUAUUAGAAAACAAAAGUAAAGCCGCCUAGUGUUGUGGUUGGCAUGGCCAGCUCUGAAGGAAGUGGACUUUGUACAGUGUGUAAGGAAUAAAAUAUAAUGUGACAUUGUAUAGCUUCAUUCCUGCUUUGUAUAAGACUUCUAGAUCUUUUUUCUAUUGAAUUAAAGAUGCCUUAGACAGCUGCACCCAGUAUUUAAAGAUGUUUUUUCUGUCUUAUUCCAGGUAACAACAUUUGUAAAAUUCCUUUUGUGUUUUUAACUUAUGUUAUACGCUAAUGUAAUGUGCACUGAUUUAAAAUCCCAGGUUCCAAAAUUUGUAAAUUUAAUCUUGAUUGUAAUUAAAUAGAAUGAGAUUUUCCAAAUUAAGACAUUUCUAUUGCUUGGUAUCUGUGAAUUAAAUGCUUCUCCUUCUCCAAGCCUAUAUGUCAUAUAAUGGUCUACAGCCAAUUUUGUUUAUCAGGAGAAUCUAGAGAACCAGCCAUUUAUUUUCUAACUUGUAUAAAGGUGCUAAAACAUAAAGUUUGCUCCUUUUCUACAGUCACCCACUCAA